AUGGUGAAAGGGGGCCAUGUGCACAAGUCCCUUCAUGGAGUGGCCAGCAGAGAGCCAUGCCCUCCAAGUCAGAGGCUAGGGAAGUCCAGGGCUGGCGAGAGAGGCAGCAGGUGCACCAAAGAUGAAGCUUCGGUUUGCCUGUAUGUCUUCAUACAGUGUUCCGAGUUUAGGAGGGAUGAGAAAAUGUGCAAAAAGGUCCUUCAUGUGACUUGGUUCCCCCCAGACCGGUCCCCAAUCUACUCCAUCACAGGAUGGGAGGAGGAGGGAAGGCCUAGGAACUUAACAAGCCCCAAACUUUCUGGUUUCUUACAUCAGCUGCCUAAAGUGUUCCCUGGAUACAUUCUGUAA